UGUCAGUGUUUGUCCCACAAAGUGGUGUCUUCUGCAGAAGGCUUCAUUUCUUGACUCCUCUCUGUGAUCAAGUCUUUUAGAGUAAAAAUGAGCACAGCUGGAAAGGUCAUCAAAUGUAAGGCAGCAGUGGCCUGGGAGCCCAACAAGCCUUUGGUGAUUGAAGAGAUUSAAGUGGCCCCACCAGAGGCGAACGAGGUCCGCAUUAAGAUUGUAGCCACAGGGCUGUGCCACUCAGACCUGUACCACCUUUACGAGGGGAUGCACAAAGAUGGCUUCCCAACAAUCCUCGGCCACGAGGCUGCAGGCAUCGUGGAGAGUAUCGGACCUGGAGUCACAGAGUUCCAACCAGGAGACAAGGUCAUCCCCAUUUUCCUCUCUCAGUGUAAGGAGUGUUGCUUCUGUAAGAGUCCAAAGACCAACCAGUGUAUAGUAGCAUGGAAGAGAGUUAUUAUGGAAUCCUUGGUGGGAGCAGAAUCCAGGAUCACCUGUAAAGGRAAAAAGAUCUUCCAGUUUGUUGGAACCAGUACCUUCUCCGAGUACACCGUCAUCGAUCAGAUCGCUGUGGCUAAGAUUGACCCUGCUGCUCCUCUGGACAAGGUCUGUCUCAUCGGCUGUGGGAUCUGCACCGGCUACGGAGCAGCAGUGAACACUGCUAAGGUCGCAGUGCCUUGGAGUCUUGUUUGCCAGCUUGGGGUGUCUGUGUGAUCGUUGGCUGGACGCAGGUGUCUGAAGUCGCCAUCCAACCAACUGACCUCAUCGCUGGACGCACUUUGAAGGGCUCCUUGUUUGGAGGGUUUAAGAGCAAAGACGGUGUUCCUCAGAUGGUUAAAGCCUACAUGGACAAGAAGCUGCAGGUGGACGAGUUCAUCACUCACAACAUGACUUUGGAUCAAAUCAAUGAUGCGAUUGAGCUGAUGAAACUUGGAAAAUGCAUUCGGACGGUCAUGAAUGUCUCACCACAAUAAGACCAAAAGAUACAGCAGUUGUUCUAAGAUUUCCCACCAUGCAUUGAAUUAUGUGGAGUGUUUUCUCAGUUGAUUAUGUGCAGAUGGAGUUUACAAGAAUCUGAGCCAAAGCUGAUAUGUUUAUGGAAUAAAAAUAAUCAUCCAAGCAGAUGGUUUCAUGGCAA